UCAGCCAUUCAGCCUCAACCAAUAGGCCCCUUUGCACCCCCAUCUCACCCUUCUGCUCUUUCUUCAUUCACGCGGUUCGGCCAUAAAGUUAGCAGCGGCAAAUGAAGGGCAGAGCUUCUGUUUCAAUGGAGAACUUGUUGGGGCUUCUGAGGAUUCAUAUUCGCAGAGGAGUGAACUUGGCUGUGAGAGAUGUCAACACCAGCGACCCAUACGUUAUUGUGCGCAUGGGCAAGCAGAAACUAAAGACCAAAGUGGUGAAGAAGACUGUCAACCCUGAGUGGAAUGAAGAAUUAACUCUAUCAAUCUCAGACCCAAAUCUCCCUAUAAAACUGCAAGUCUAUGACAAGGAUACAUUCAGUCUCGACGAUAAAAUGGGGGAUGCAGAAUUUAACAUCACACCAUUCUUAGAAGCUGUGAAGAAUCUGAAUAUGAGCUCACACAACAUUCCCAGUGGCAGUAUAAUCACUAGAGUCGAAUCGUGCAGGACAAACUGCCUCGCUGAAGCAAGCAACAUCGUGUGGGAAAAUGACAAGGUUGUCCAGAAAAUGGUCGUUAGGCUGCAAAAUGUUGAGCGUGGUGAAGUGGAACUCGAGCUGCACUGGAUUGAUAUUCCGGGUUCCAGAGGUCUGUAGCUGUGUCACCACUGUGCUAUACUAUACAAGCUUCAAGAUGUAAAAUAAAUGGUUCUCGGUGUCUAAUCUGCAUUGCCUUCUAUUUUGUCAUAUGUAAAGAUGUGUGUGUUACAUUGUAAUGGUGCUUUUACUAGUACUAGAAUGAGAUGAUCAAUGUUGUGAUUAGGUUUUGUGACUGUUUAUGAUGAGAAACCAUUGUGCUUUGGGUUAUUAGUGCCACAAUUUUAUGUGACAGCAGAGAUUGUGAUCUACAGAGGAAUGUAUUCUGUUAAAGUGGUGGUUUAAGUUCAACCAUAUUUAUA